AUGAGCUCGAUCCAGCUACAGAACGCGGCGUCUUCUCGCAAGUAUGCCACGUUCGUCGGGGUGCCGCCGGCGUCGCCGACAGUGCCGGAACGACAGUCGGCAUCGCUGCUGUCGAGGCUCUUCCUCUCGUACGCGGACGACAUGAUGCGCAUCGGCAACGCGCGGCAGCUGAACCAGGACGACCUGCUGGCGCUCGACGACGAGAGCCGAUCCGCAGUCGCCUACGCGUACUUCAAGCGCCACUUCGACCGGCACGGCCGGUCGAUCGUCCGGGCAAUUGUGCACGGCUACGGCGGCAGGUUCCUGCUCUUGACGGUUCUCGGAGCAGUCGACAUCUUGGUGGUUGAGUUGGGUGGGGCAAUUCAGAAAUGA